AUGAACAUCCUGCUGGAGCUCUUCGUGGUGACUUUCCGAGUGCUGUGGGCUUUCGUGCUGGCCGCGGCCAAGUGGCUGGUGCGGCCCAAGGAGAAGAGCGUGGCGGGGCAGGUGUGCCUGAUCACUGGGGCGGGCAGCGGCCUGGGCCGCCUUUUCGCGCUGGAGUUUGCCCGGCGCCGGGCGCUGCUGGUGCUCUGGGACAUCAACACGCAGAGCAAUGAGGAGACGGCGGGCAUGGUGCGAUACAUCUACCGGGAGAUGGCCGAGGCGGCCGCCGCCGCUCCCAGAGCUGGAGAUGGAGAAAAAGAUGUGCUGCCCCAUUGCAACUUGCAGGUUUACACGUACACCUGUGAUGUGGGCAAAAGAGAAAACGUCUACUUGACAGCUGAGAGGGUCCGCAAGGAGGUUGGUGAGGUGUCUGUCCUGGUUAACAACGCUGGCGUGGUCUCCGGGCAUCAUCUUCUGGAAUGUCCUGAUGAGCUUAUUGAGAGGACCAUGAUGGUCAACUGUCAUGCACACUUCUGGACCACUAAAGCGUUCCUUCCCAAGAUGCUGGAAAUGAAUCAUGGACACAUUGUGACAGUUGCAAGUUCUUUGGGAUUGUUCAGCACUGCAGGAGUGGAGGAUUACUGUGCCAGCAAAUUUGGGGCUGUAGGUUUCCAUGAGUCUUUGAGCCAUGAAUUGAAGGCUGCUGAAAAGGACGGAAUCAAAACCACUUUAGUCUGCCCUUAUCUUGUAGAUACAGGAAUGUUUAGAGGAUGCAGGAUCAGAAAAGAAAUUGAACCUUUCCUUCCACCCUUGAAACCAGAAUACUGUGUGAAGCAGGCUAUGAGAGCUAUCCUUACAGACCAGCCAAUGAUCUGCACACCUCGCCUCAUGUAUAUGGUCACCUUCAUGAAAAGCAUUCUGCCCUUCGAGGCAGUGGUGUGCAUGUACCGAUUCCUGGGAGCAGACAAGUGUAUGUACCCUUUCAUCGCUCAGAGGAAGCAGGCUACAAACAACAACGAAGCAAAAAAUGGGAUUUGACACUAUUUUGGGUGGACU